GGUUAUGGAGUUGGGUGGAUCAUCAUCGACAACUUCAUCGUCCCAGACGGCUAUAACUUUACCGUCACUAUCACUGAUGGAAGCGUCACGAAAUUUGUGCUGACCAAAGACAACAUCAGGCUGUACAGAGGCCUCUUGGCGAACUGGACCAGCACAAAUGGAUACAUCACGAUUUUCCAAGACUAUGGGCAGAAUGCGGGCAAUAGCAAAGUUGACUUCACCUUUGACGCACAUCCGAUGAAAAAUCGC